CCCUGUGUAGUGAAAAUGUUGUACAGAGAUAUAACAAGUAGUAUUGCACUCAAUCAAGGGUUUUCUAAUAGUUUUAAAAUUAAUCGUGGCAUUCGGCAGGGAUGCCCUAGCCCGUUAUUGUUUAUUGUUGCAGCAGAAAUGCUUGCCAUUUAUAUCAAACUCUCUUCAGAUCUGGAAGGCAUAAACAUUCUUGAUAAAGAAUUCAGAAUUAGUCAAUUUGCUGAUGACACUGCCUUAUUUCUAAGGAAUGUAAAUAUGGUCUCUACUGCAAUUAAUACAAUCCUUUCAUUCUCAAAAGCAUCCGGCUUAAUACUAAACCUUAAAAAAUGUGAAAUCUUAGCUGUACACAGCUGUAGUCAAAAUACUAUUAACAAUAUUCCAGUAAAAGAGGAAGUAAAAUACCUUGGUUUAAUAAUCAGUAAAAAUACUAAUGAUCGAGAGAUUAAUAACAUAACUCCUAGAUUAAAUGUAGUUAAAAAAAUAUUUAAUCAUUGGUUAACACGUGAUUUAUCCAUAUUAGGUUGUAUCUUACUGUCUAAAGCAGAAGGACUUUCAAGACUCAUAUACCCCUGUUAUUCAAUUUUUACAUCUCCUAAAAUGAUUAAACUGUCCAAUUCUAUUAUAUUCAGCUUUAUCUGGAAGAAUAAAACACAUUAUAUACGCAAAUCACAAUUAGUUAAAGACUAUGAAAAUGGGGGCUUGAAAGCUUUAGACUGAAUCCAUUAUUGCUGCAUUCAGGCUCAGAUGGAUAAAAGACUGCAUUUCCUAUCCUCAAUCUAUGUGGUACCAUAUUCCAAACAAACUCCUUAAUAAGGUCGGGGGGUUAGAUUUUUUGCUCAGAUGUGAAUAUGAAAUGUCUAAGAUUCCUCUUAAGUUGUCUAGUUUCUAUAAGCAAGCUUUGAAUUUUGGGAAACUAAUUUUCACCCACAAUUUUUCACCUCACAAUUCUGUGUUGUGGAAUAAUAGGGUUAUAGUCAUCAAUAAGAAGUCCUUAUUUAAAUCAGACUGGUAUGAUAACGGUGUAUGUUUUGUUGUUGAUCUGCUUGAUAAAAAUGGAAACUUGCUAUCUUAUGAAGAAUUUAUUGAUAAGUAUAAAUUAGAGAUUUCAUUUAAUAAUUAUAAUAAGGUUUGUAAAGCGAUACCCACACCGUUGUUAAAUCUUAUCGUAAAUACUUUAAAGUAUUCAUUAAUAAGAACAUGCUUACCUUCACUGACGAUAGGUAAUACCUCAAUAAAGGACAAACAGUUUAAUAAUAAGUUCAUCUCUAAUACCUUUAAGCAAAUAGUAUUCUGCAACUACAAUGUCAGAAAAACAUACUUGUCACAUUAUUUUUAUUUCCAGAAAAACAUCUUUCAGAUGUAUGAGAAAUUGAUUGGAGCCUGUCUGGAAAACGGCAGCCACUGGACCUUGUUUUUUGCCCAAUCUCUCAUUGACGGUAAAACACAAGUGGAGGAGUACAACACUGAAAUCACAAAGCUCAGGUCCCGACUUUGCCACUACUUAUUUUCCUCAAUAGAUCGAACUAGGAAGUGCAGUCAGUGCUGGUGUGUGAUUGCAGCCAAAGACCGGGUGCAGUGCCAGAAAUGUGGUGCAUACAAGCACAUGCGUUGUUCAAAGUCUGUUUGUGGCAUCUGUAUCUUCUGUGAGACACAGUGCAGCACAGCAGAGGGAAAGGAGUUGUGCAGCAUAGUGGGUGGCUAUACAGGAGGAGCAAUAGAAGUAGCCAGUGAAGAAUGUCAUCAGGGAAAGCAUCAGGCAGCGAAUGACAAAGGAAAAGUUCCUAAGGGAGAGAACAUCUGCAGCAAAUCGACAAGUAACAGUGAGAUAGGAAGACUGACAGUCAGAGAUGAAGGUACACAGACUGAAAGAGAUGAAGGUACACAGACUGAAGACAACGAAAAAGAAGCAGAAGUAUACGGCACAAGUCUGAGUACAGAUAAUGCUGCUGCUGAUGAUGUUGACAGGAUCGAUGCAGAUACAGAAUUCCAAACUGAUUCAGAAGGAACUAGUACAGUUUACAGAGUGCAUGGUCGCUUAUCUGUACCAAGCUCAAAAAAGAAAACCUACACAAUAACAGAAGACGAGAUCAAGCGCAGAAUCAACGCAGAGAACAUGUCAGUUCAUGUUUUCAGAGGUUUGAUUGGGGGCCGUAAAGCCAAACUGCCCGCAAUGAUUCUUGACAGGCCUAAGAAGGCCAAAACUAAAGUAACAGUGUUUAGUGUUCUGAGUGAAGAGGAGGCUGGGGAGCUAGCCCUCGGGUUUGCCGGAAGAUUGGCCUGCGAUGUCACAACAGACAUGGUCUGUAAAGGCAUCGACCAUUCAAGUGCUGAUAUGACAAAACAGACUCUUCUCAAAAUCCAACACAAUCUUAAACAUGAGCUGACUGAUUCCUCAACCUUCAGUUUGCUGACACACACCUUUGGCCCCGCUGCACUGGAUUCUGUCAUUUCAUUCCUGUGUGAAAAACUUGAUCUUGUCUCUUAAAUAAUGAAACCUUUUGUGACUUUUGUUUGUUCUGUAAAUCAGAAUCUUGAAAAUUGUUCAUUGUUGUUCUAAGUUUGUGUUAACUAUUUGGCAAAAAUGAUUGGUUCCUAAUCCAAACAGCAUAAUGACUGUUCUAACACAUAUCUUAAAAAUGCUACAAAGAAAGAAAAUUAUCACAUAUGUUUCAAUAUGAAUGUAAUUGUGUCACACUCGGUUUGUAGUAGCUUUCCUGUUUUAUUUUGAGUUUUGGUAUGUUUACACUGUUAUUUUUAUUUCCCGUGUGUUCGUCUUCCCUUAUUAGUUUUACUGUAUUUAAUUAGUCUGAUUUAAUAACUUAUAAUUAUUUACUUUCCAGUGUGUAUAUAUGCUCCUCGUUUGGAUUAUUGUUUGUUUGAGUUCUGCCUGUCUUUUCUAUUAAAGAUUUGGACUUUUGGACUAUUA